GGAGUUAAAGAGUCUGUGGCUGCCUGUCUGUCGUGUGUGCUGUCGUGUGUGCUGUCCCCGGCCCCCUCCUGUGAUCCCUGGAGCCGAUAUUGGGGGGCUCCUUUUUUGUACACACUUAUCGUUUGCUUUCUGUGCUAUGGGAGAUGUCAAAGAAUUAAAAAUGCAAAUAACACCAGAAACUCCAGGAAGAAUCCCCGUUUUAAAUCCUUUUGAAAGUCCUAGUGAUUAUUCUAAUCUGCAUGAACAAACUCUUGCCAGUCCUUCUGUUUUUAAAUCCACAAAAUUACCAACUCCAGGGGAAUUUAGAUGGUCUAUUGAUCAACUAGCUGUAAUAAAUCCUGUAGAAAUAGACCCAGAAGAGAUUCAUCGUCAAGCGUCAUACUUAAGUCAUUCUCGAAUAGAUAAAGAUGUGGAAGACAAAAGACAAAAAGCCAUUGAAGAGUUUUUCACUAAAGAUGUCAUCGUCCCAUCUCCUUGGACUGACCAUGACGGGAAGCAGCUUUCAGAAUAUCAUUCCAGUAAAUGUAUUAACAUAAAUAGUGACUCUCCAGCUGGAAAAAAGCUGAACCCUCAUUCUGAGAAAAGCAAUGCUGCUUGUCAGACAUUGCUGUCUCUUCCUGUGGAUUUUAAUUUAGAAAAUAUAUUAGGUGACUACUUCAGAGCUGAUGAAGGUGCUGAUCAGUCUCCUGGAAACCUUAGUUCUUCAUCUCUCAGAAGAAAGCUUUUUUUAGAUGGCAACGGGAGCAUCUCUGACUCCUUGCCUUCAGCUUCUCCCAGAAGUCCUCAGAGCAAUGCUCAAGCAUCACUUGAGGUGUUUUAUGCAGUAGAUUUAUCUCCUGUGCAGUGUAGGAGCCCCAUGCAGACACCUAGCUCGGGGCAGUUUUCUUCUAGCCCCAUUCAGGGGAGUUCAAAGAGGUACAGUUUGGGAAGUAUAACAAGUCCUUCGGCCAUCUCUUCACCCACUUUUUCCCCAGUGACACUCCAAGUAGGAAAAACACCGCUCUCAGAACAAAGGAAGUUUCCUUUUCACUCUCCUGACGUUUCAUCUGGAAGAAAUUCUAGUGGAAUCACUAACCCGUGUAUCAGGAGUCCCUUUAUAGAUGGCUGCUCACCAAUUAAAAAUUGUUCUCCUGUGAGACUUGAGAUGUGUGGAAGUACUCAGCAUCAGAGCUCACUCAUUCACUUGCCCUUCCAUCUGGAGACUCACAGCAAAGAGGAAGUGGAAGAAGAUAAAGAGAACAUCCCUUCCAUCAUCUCAUCACCAGUCACAGAGACCACGAGAGGGUGGCUGUGGUCAUUGAAGAGUGACACCUCUUCACGAAGCCCCCCUGCACUUGUCACUGCCAUGUCCAUGACGCAGAGCCAGUCCAGUGCUUCUGAGAGGGAACUGGCACUGUUGGAGGACAUUGAGAGUGUGAGGGAGAGCGACACCGUAGACAUGGCUGAUCCCGAUCCCAUAGAGACAGUGGAUGAGAGCACUUGGAUCAGGGAGCCGGUUGAUAAUGGGAAUUCACCUGUGACUGAUUUCAUGAGUGGAAUUGCUUUCAGUAUGGAAAGCUCUCACAUGUGUAUGUCACCUCUUGCAGAGAGCAGUGUGCUUCCUUGUGAAGGCAGUAAUACUCAGAUGGAUAGUGGAUAUAAUACGCAGACGUGUGGAAGCAAUAUUAUGGACACAGUCGGGGCAGAAAGUUACUGCAAAGAAAGCGAUGCACAAACCUGUGAAGUGGAAAUUAAGCCUCAAGUUUGUAAUUCAAAGCCAGGCCACACAGCACAAAGGUGCUGGAUGAAAACGGCAAGUCCAUCUCAGUACAGCAGUCCCUAGAUGUCUCAUCAGGACAAGAGGCUACCGCUCAACUGCUUCUCUCAUGUUUUCAUGCAUAAGAUCAAGAAUGCGAUUGAUGGUGACUGAGGGGAAAAAGCUGCUUUAAGAAACAUACUUCAUUUUUCUCUCCCUCCUUAAUGUGAAAAAUCAAGAUCUCAAUUUAGUGACACAGGAACAGAAAACCUCCAAGUUGUUGAAAUGCAAAUUUAUUUUUAAUCAAUAAAUAUUUUAUACUUAACCUUGAUUGAUUUGUUUAGCCAAAAAAAAAAAAAAAAAGUGACAUUAGCUGGUAACUGGUUCCUGUCCUACAGGACCAGUGAACUACUUAGCCCUAUUGCUGUCAAGCAAUGAAUUUAGCAGUAGUUCCAAGAAGAAAAAUAUAUAUAGUUCCAAGAAAAAUUGUAAGUGACGGCACUAUGUAUUUUACAUUAAAAACUUUUGAACACAGAUGAAUUAGUAACAACCUAUGUGAAGGAAAUCCUAAAAUAUAAAACUAAGGUAGGAAAUUGUGUGGGCCAUUUCCUAUGUGGGAAACUUUAGACUCAGGUCUGGUUAAUAUUUUUGAAAACUACAUAAAUAUUAGAAAGGUAAUCCUAACAGGAACCAAAUGCUCUGGGAUAAACAUGGGAUGCCAGAACAAAAAGUACCACCAUUCCUAGAGCAGGAGCAUCCUCUGUAGUCCAGACUUGAGAGGAAUAGAAUUCAGGAGAAUCAGAGAACCACUGGAACUGGAGGACAAUGGAAUUCUUGUUGGGCUUAGAAUUAUGAAGUAACAAUUGUAACAACUAGGCAAAUACAUAAUAUGCAAAUUAUUUUUUCUGAAGUAACAUAUAAUAGCAAUAGAUGGGUUUAUAACAUAUGUUUGAAAAUACCUGUGAAGAAUGUAUUUUGGAAUUUAGUGAUUGUCUUUUAAGAAAAAUUUGUUAAAAAGAAAAUACAGAAGUAGCCCUAAGAAAUAAAAUGUAUUACCAUGUCA